AUGUUCAAGAUGGAUUACUCGUACCUGAACUCCUACGACUCGUGCAUGGCCGCCAUGGAGGCGUCGGCGUACGCGGACUUCAACUCGUGCAGCCAGGCCAACAGCUUCCAGUACAACCCCAUCCGGAGCAGCUUCGCCGCCAGCCCGGGCUGCCCGCCGCUCGGCACCGCCAACUGCGCCCUGGGCGCCCUGCGCGACCACCAGCCCUCGCCCUACUCCGCAGUUCCCUACAAGUUCUUCUCGGACCCCUCCACCAUCAAUGAGAAAAGGAAGCAGCGCAGGAUCCGGACAACGUUCACCAGCUCCCAGCUGAAGGAACUGGAGAGAGUCUUUGCAGAGACCCACUACCCCGACAUCUACACCAGGGAAGAGCUGGCCCUCAAAAUCGACCUCACUGAAGCCAGGGUGCAGGUCUGGUUCCAGAACCGCCGAGCCAAGUUCCGCAAGCAGGAGCGAGCCGCCAACGCCAAGGGGCAGACCGGCGGCAACGGCGGCGCCCCGGCCGGCAAGAAGCCCGACCCCCGCUCCUCCUCGGAAGACGACGAAUCCAAGGAGUCCACCUGCAGCCCGACCCCCGACAGCACCGCCUCUCUGCCCGCAGCCGGCAGCCUGAACAGUCCGGGCAGCAGCCUGAGCCCCAGUCCCGGCACAGGGCAGCAAGGCAUGGGGCCGGGCCACUCUGCCCAGGCCCUCAAGCCCCCGCUGUGGGCGGGGGUGACCACCAGCAACGGGGCCACCAACACGGCCGACCUGCUGAAGGCCUGGCAGCCGGCCGAGGCGAUGCCGGGACCGUUCUCCGGCGUCCUUUCCUCCUUCCACCGGAAGCCCAACCCCCUCAAGGCCAACCUGUUCUAA